ACUGUGUCUUACUUAUUUUUGUGUCCCAGAAGCUAGCACAAAGCCUGACACACAGCCACUGCUAACAAAAUCUUUGUGGAUUUAUUUAAUAAAAGAGUUGGGAGUAGGUGGAGAAUGGAGGGUGGGGAGCAUCACACAUACAUGCACAUGCUUAAAAUAUGAUGAUUUCUUCCUGAGCUGACCAGACCAAAAAUAUAAAUAAAACAGAAACAGGAUCUGUGCCAUGGGUCCUGGCCCUUUUUUGCUUCUGCCAGCAUGUGUGAGGAGAUGCAGAGACAAAUUCCGUGGCAGUUAGAAAGAGAACCGACUGCCAAGAUGGAGCGAAGGGAACAUUUAACCUUGACUUUCCACAGUCCUGAGGUUCCCAAGAUAAAGGGGAACCGGAAAUACCAAAGGCCUACCCUCCCUGCCAAGAAACAUCCAAGUGCCUCGAUGUCAUCCCAAAGGCAGCAGCAGCUUAUGGAUCAGGCACACAUCUACAUCCGAAUAUUCUGUGGCAGCCUCUGUAGUUUUAGCCUCCUAAUGCUGAUCGCCAUGUCCCCACUGAACUGGGUACAGUUCCUGGUGAUCAAGAAUGGCCUUGAGCUCUACGCAGGACUCUGGACCUUAUGCAACCAUGAGCUGUGCUGGAACCACACACCCAAGCCACCCUAUUAUCUCCAAUAUUCCAGGGCCUUCUUUCUCAUCUCUGUCUUUACCAUACUCAUUGGCCUUGGCUGGCUCUUCAGCUCUUGGCUCCCUAGUCGAGGAAGCAUGACCACCAACUUGGAUCUGAAGGUAUCCAUGCUCAGCUUCAUCUCAGCUACCUGCUUGCUCCUCUGCCUCAACCUGUUUGUGGCACAGGUUCACUGGCAUACUAGGGAUGCCAUGGAUUCAGAUCUCCUGUGGACCUAUUAUCUUAACUGGUGCAGUGACAUCUUUUACAUGUUUGCUGGCAUCAUCUCUCUUCUCAACUACUUAACUUCCAGAUCUCCUGCCCGUGAUGAAAACGUCACUGUGAUUCCAACAGAGAGAUCAAGGCUGGGGGUUGGUCCAGUGACUACAGUAUCACCUGCUAAAGAUGAAGAAGAGCCAAGGUCUGAGAUGGAAUCUCUAAGUGUGAGAGAGAAAAAUUUACCAGAGGCAGGACUGUGAUGGUGAUAGGAAAACCUAACUAUAGCUUGUCUUAAAAGCAGGGGAGAAGCUGAGUUGGGAAUGAUCGCAUAAAUUCUUGGAAACUCUCCUAAUAUCAUGUCCAUAUUACUGGAGGAGACAACAUUAAAGCUGAUGAAAUGUC